GCAGCAGCGGCGGCAGCAGCGCAUCCUCCCUGCUCCGCGCCUUCGCUCCGGACUCGCGUCGUCGAAGCCCCGCGGUGAUGAGCCCCGAGCCGGUCCCGCCGCCGCCGCCCCAGUGCCCCGGCUGCGACGGCGCGGAGCCGAUCGCCCAGCGCUUGGAGGAGGGCGACGAGGCCUUCAGCGCGGGCGAGUACGAGAUGGCAGCCGAGCUCUUCCGCUCCUUGCUGGCCGGGCUGGCGCAGCCAGACCGCGGCCUGUGCCUGAGGCUGGGGGACGCGCUGGCCCGCGCCGGCCGCCUCCCCGAGGCCCUGGGCGCGUUCCGCGGCGCCGCGCGGCUCGGGGCGCUGCGGCCGGAGGAACUAGAGGAGCUGGCGGGCGGCCUGGUGCGCGCCGUAGACCUGCGCGAGCGGCCGCUGUCCGCGGAGAACCCGGGCUGCGAGGCGGAGGCGCCUGCGGAGGGAGGGCCGGCCCCGGCACCCCGCACGCCCCGCGACCUACUCGGCUGCCCGCGCUGCCGGCGGCUGCUGUACAGGCCAGUGACGCUGCCCUGCGGGCUCACGGUCUGCAAGCGCUGCGUGGAGCCGGGGCCCGCGCGGCCGCAGGGGCGGCGCGUGAACGUGGUGCUGUGCGGCCUGCUGGAGAGGUGCUUCCCGGCCGAAUGCAGGGUGCGCAGGCUGGCGGGCCUGGCGCGGAGCCUGCAGCGCCAGCAGCAGCCCGAGGCCGCGCUGCUCAGGUGCGACCAGGCCCUGGAGCUGGUUCCUGAUGAUAAUUCAUUAUUGCUGCUGCGGGCAGAGUUAUAUUUGAUCACGAAGAACUAUGAGCAAGCUCUCCAGGAUGCCAGUGCAGUCUGUCAGAAUGAACCUCUCUUGAUUAAGGGACAUCAUGUAAAAGCUCAAGCUCUUUCUGGAUUGGGAAGAAGUAAGGAAGUGUUAAAGGAAUUUCUCUACUGCCUUGCUCUAAAUCCUGAAUGUAACGCUGUGAAGAAAGAAGCACAGAAGGUAAUGUGUGAAGUGCUGUUUUCAGCUACAGAAAAUGUGCAUGAAACUUUAACAUCUUCCAUCCAAAGCAGAUUAAAGGCUCAAGGUCACAGCCACGGGAAUGCCCAGUCUCAGCUGGAAGAAGGCGACGCAGGGAGCUCUGAGAAUUCGACUGAGAAAUCUGAUAUGCUUGGAAAUACCAAUUCCACAGUUCUGUAUUUCAUACUGGGUCUGCACUUUGAAGAGGAUAAAAAGGUAUUAGAAAGCAUCCUUCCAACAGCACCCAAUGCUGGCUUAAAGAGACAGUUUCCAGAUGACAUGGAGGAUGCACCUAACCUGAACGCCCCUGGAAAAAUUCCCAAAAAAGAUUUCUCACCUCAAAGGAGCCUGAACUCUGAUAUGGAAGAAAGUCAGUGGCUCUCGCUUGAUGUAACUGACUUUGAGUGUGCCCUCUGCAUGAGGUUGCUCUUUGAACCUGUCACUACGCCCUGUGGACACACAUUUUGCCUAAAAUGCCUUGAGCGCUGCCUUGACCAUUCCCCACAGUGUCCAUUGUGCAAAGACAAACUUUCGGAAUUAUUGGCAAGCAGAAACUUCAAUAUAACUGUUCUGGCUGAAGAAUUAAUAAUUCGGUAUUUGUCGGAUGAAUUGUCUGACAGGAAGAGAAUUUAUGAUGAAGAAAUGUCGGAACUGUCAAAUCUGACCAGAGACGUCCCCAUCUUUGUGUGUGCCAUGGCCUUCCCCACGGUCCCAUGUCCACUGCACGUCUUUGAGCCCCGCUAUCGGCUUAUGAUAAGAAGAUGCAUGGAAACUGGCACCCGGCGAUUUGGCAUGUGUUUAUCUGCUGAGCACGCAGGGCUUUCAGAGUACGGGUGCAUGCUGGAGAUUAAGGAUGUGAGAACAUUUCCUGAUGGAAGUUCCGUCGUAGACGCGAUUGGCAUCAGUCGGUUCCGGGUGCUAAACCACCGCCACAGAGAUGGCUAUAACACAGCAGACAUUGAGUAUCUUGAAGAUGAAAGGGUGGAGGGUCCAGAGUACGAAGAACUCGCCGCUCUCCACGACUCCGUGCAUCAACAGGCUGUUUCCUGGUUUGCGUCUCUCCAGGAUCGCAUGAGAGAACAAAUUUUAAGUCAUUUUGGGGUGAUGCCAGAGAGAGAACCUGAGCCUCAGAGUAAUCCCAGUGGCCCUGCCUGGUCCUGGUGGAUCCUGGCCGUGCUGCCCCUGGAGCGCAAGGCUCAGCUGGCCAUCCUCGGCAUGACCUCGCUCAAAGAGCGGCUCCUUGCCAUCCGACGGAUAUUAGUCAUCAUCACGCGUAAGAUGAAUAGUCGGCAGGAGCUGGCUAAUGCCAGGCAGAGAAAUAAUUGAUUUUUUUCUCUCUGUUAAGGUUUCUGGAAGCCCUUGUACCUUCAUAAAUGUCAGGCAUGGAUGAAUAGCCGUCCAUUCAUUGUGCUUUGUCAAGUGCUUGUGGAUAAGGUUCCAAAAGGGAACACUUGCCAAAUAUUGAGUCCUCCUCAAAAAUGACAAUUCUGUGUCUGGUGGGAUCUGACCUUGUACAGGGUUAGCCUGAAGUCUGAAUGGAGCCCAUAGUUGGAAAACAACCUAAGAAAAUCUCUUGGAAGCAGAUGCUUGGGGAAUGCAAUUCACUGACAGCACGGGACCCUGCAGAUGGUUUCCAUGAGGUUUAGGUUUCACGAGAAAGGAUUCCCUUCCCAGUCAGUAUCUUGCUCUGCCAGAUGGAAAAGGCAUGCUUAAGUGUCUAGACAAUAGGGGGAAGCAUGUUUUUAUCUGGAAGUGGAUUUCUUAGAACACAGGCUAACUAAAACGACGCUUAGGCUUUGUGUGUUGCUGUGAAGUUAUCUGUGAAACUGAAUCAUCACACCAUUGUUCAGUGUGGGAGCCCAAACUAGUCCUUACCCAAGAAGUAGUAGCUACCGGGUAGAACUGUGUUUAAUGUCCUGUUGUAGUCCCAGGUGUUGUAAAUUGCAUGUUGUAAUCAAAUGAAUGUCAAAAUAUAAGAAAGUGUACCUUGGAUAUAGAAAAACCUAAGAACAGUAUAGUUCA